AUACUUCAUAUGAAAAAGCAUGCAGGCGUGGCUCAGCACCAGCGACACCCAUAUUGGGUCAAAAACAAAAUCAACAGGAGAACAAUACAACAUCCAGAUUUACAAAUUUCUUUUCGAAAAGAUCGAAUCCUUUAAAACGUACAAAAUCUGUGACCAAACUUGAACGCACUAAACGAGGUUCAGGCGGUUUACGAGGCUCUCGUUCUCAUGAAAGUUUACUUUCCAGUCACGCUGUAAUGUCAACCAUCGAUCUCUCUUGCACCGGUGCUGUGGGUGUGGCACCCGUACAUCAAUCCGUUUUAGGACGCCGCUAUUGUUUUCAGGUACGUGGCGGACCUCGCGGCGAACGUUAUUAUUCCUGUGGCUCACGUCAGGAACGUGACCUCUGGAUAUAUUCGUUGCGCAAGUCAAUAGCACCGAAUGCUGAACACACCCGCCACACAGACAACUCUCUGAAAAUGUGGAUAUACGAGGCCAAAAAUCUACCACCAAAGAAAAAAUACUUUUGCGAAUUACAUCUCGAUAAGACCCUUUACGGGCGUACUAGUGUUAAACUACAAACCGAUUUACUCUUCUGGGGUGAAUAUUUCGACUUUCCCGAUAUACCCGACAUAAAUGUCAUUACCGUUAACGUUUUCCGUGAAGUGGAGAAGAAAAAGAAACGCGAUAAGCAUAUGUUUGUGGGCUCCGUAAAGAUACCCAUACACGAGGUGACCACACGUUUGUUUUCCGAAGAUUGGUAUCCAAUACUCAGCGAGAAGAAUGAUAGUCUUAAUCGUAAUGGCAAAGAGGUUAUACCCACGUUGCGCAUUAAGUGUCGCUUCCAGAGUAUUGACAUUUUGCCAAUCAAUGUUUAUGCCGAUUUUCUGGCUUAUCUCAAGGAAAACUAUAAGAAAGUGUGCGAAACCUUGGAACCGGUUAUUGGCGUUAAGGCCAAAGAGGAUAUAGGUCAAUCUUUGGUUUUGCUGAUGCAUGCUCAAGGUUUGGCAGGAGCUUUCCUCACCGAUGUGGUGGCCUUGGAUUUGUUGAGAGUGGGCGAUCAACGUUUGACCUUCCGCGGCAAUUCUUUGGCCACUAAGAGUAUGGAGGCAUUUUUAAAGUUGACCGGGGAGCAGUAUUUGCAGGAUACUUUGGCAGGGCCCAUUAAUGAGAUCAUACAAUCGGAUCGUGAUUGUGAGGUGGAUCCUACCAAAGCGACUGGUUCGCUAACACGACAACAGGCUUCUUUAAGAGCAGCCGUACGCAAUGCUUGGCAGUGUAUCUACGAGUCGAGCAAGCAUUUUCCACCACAACUGCGCAAUUGUUUUGCCACCUUCCGUGAGAGGCUAGAGCAGCUGGGACGUCAGGAUAUGGCGGAUAACUUGAUAUCGGCUUCCAUAUUUUUGCGUUUCCUGUGUCCAGCCAUAUUGUCACCCAGUCUUUUUAAUAUAACCAAUGAACUUCCCUCUUCCCGCGCUACCCGCAAUUUAACCCUGGUGGCCAAAACCCUACAAACCUUGGCUAAUUUCACCCGUUUCCAGGGUAAGGAAAAUUUCAUGGAAUUUCUUAAUGAUUUCCUAGAACAAGAGGCUCCCAAAAUGAAGGAAUUCUUACAAAAUAUUUCCACCCGGCCGGAGCAUACUAACCCUGAAUCUAUUCUUGACUGGGCUGGCUAUAUAGAUCAAGGCAAACAAUUGUCUAUUUUACACAUGCUACUCAGCGAAAGUGUUACCAAAUUGCCGGAGGCUAGACAACAAGAUCUAGAUCCUUUGCAACAUAUAUUAGAUGAAAUUACCAAAGCCAAAGAAAGUAACAAUUAUAUGCAACAUUUACCCAGCCACAAUAUGAUGAUGUCCACCUCCUCGACAAGUGAAAAUCAAGAGAAUCGUAAUCCCGAUGAAAUGAUGACUUCAUGUAGUUCAGCGGGCGGCUCCACAGCCGGAGGGGUGGUGCAGCAGCAACAGGCCCAAUUGGCUCAGCCGCAGCAUGCCGUAGUCACAAAACCGGUACCAGCAGAAAGGGGUAUAAUGCGUGGAGUUUUGACUCCUAGCUCUUUGGAAAAGAAUAUUUUCCGUUAUAAUGAUCCCACAGUAAAUGGUAUAUUGCAACAGCAACAACAACAGCAGCAGCAACAAAGUCUUACGAAUAUGGAUAAAAGGCACUCGAAUUCACAGAGUUCUAUUGCGGCCUUAUCCUAUACAGGAGGUAUGCAGCAUGCCCAAAGCCAAAGUUCUAUAGCUAGUUCUUCACAGCUGAUGAUGCCGGCCGGUGUGACACAUCAUUGUCCCCCCGCACCCAAUGCCAGCGCUUCAAAUACCAUGGAACGUUUGUAUUAUACAGCGGCCAGUUCAAAUGGUAAUCUCUCCACCGUUAGCCACAAUGGCAAUGACAGUGAGGUUAGCUCCUCCACCGGAGGAGGACAAAUAAGAGCCACCACUCUGCCCAGAGGCAAUAAUAAUAAUUAUGAUGAGUCCACCGGAGAUUUUAUACAAAUUUCUGGCCUUGACACCAACAGUGCUUUUGUGCGCAAAUCACCCACUCCUUUGCUAAAGAACCAAAACAAUCAGGGUGUGGUGGGCACUACGGUAAGCAUGUUAAAUGCCCAACAACAGAAACAGCAGCAACAGCAAAGAUUGUUAAACAAUUCCACCUUGAGUUUAACUUUGAGUGAUCGUACUCCUAGUAAAUUAAAUCUGGGCAUACCCGAUCAUUCCAGCUCUCCUUUGUCACACAAAAUGCCCAAUUACCAAAGACCCCGUGACUCCAAUACCAAUUCGAAUAUGCCCAUGAAUCUGGAGGAUUUAGAUGAUCUCUUCAAAUAUGCCGAAGAGCAUGCAGUAGUGGGUGAGGUGCAGCCAGCGGGCAAUCACAAAAAUAAGGAACAAUUGUCGGGCAAAACCAGUCAUGGUUCUAGUUCUGGUUACCAAAGCAUAAAUACUCAAAGCGCUUUAGAGUCUCAACAGCAACCGAAAUCGUCGGCAGCUCCUUUGGCUUUCAAAAAUCCCAGCUAUCAAUUGCAAAACACUUCCACCCCCUCUUCACAAGCCAACCACCAUCAUCAUCAUCACCACCAUCACCACAACCAACAGCAACGUUCGUUUAAUAAUGGCGGUUUGACAGCUCAUCAACAACUGUUCGGUGGUGCGGGUAAUAAUAGAUCUUCUAAGAACUCAAAUGGCGGUGGUAUGGUGGCUGCACGAGCUGCUUUAUUAAAUAAUGCUGCUCCUCUAACGCCCUCCUCUAGUGAGGAAAGACUUUCCAAUGAUAAUUAUCACAAUUAUGCCCCAGUUAAUAAGCUUUUGAAAUCACCCUCUCAUGGCCACUUGGAUGCUCAACGCACUUUAAGUGGUGGCAGUACAUCUUCAGCCUCUAGCUCGAAUAUGCCGGGUUUUAAUAACUCCGCACAACAGCAGCAGCAACGUAUGCCACGUACUAAUCCUCAAUUUAAACGGGAGGAUAUUUAUGCUCCUCUCAAUAAUGGUAGUUAUUUGACGUCUUCUUCAGCUUCGUCAGCGGGUAGUAAUGGUAUACAUCCUGGCACUGUGGCAAUAUACAAUAAUCCCUCACGUUCUGGCCAACAACAGCAACAGCAGUAUGGCAAUAAUCCAGUCUCUUUGAUUAUGGCGGGAAAUGGCCGUUAUCAGCGCAGAUUGAGUUUGGAUUCGGCUAGAACUUUGUCGGAUAGUUCAACAGAUACAGAAGGUCACUGCCCCCCACAUGAAGGCAAUAAACGUCGUCGUCAGCCUCGCACUCAUAUGAAUAACACCUCAAAUGGUGGUGGCUUCCAGCAUGUUUCCAAUUCCACCGCUCUCAGCAGUUUUGAUCAAAAUGGCGAAAUACAAUUGCUGCAAGAAACUCUUGACACUUUGCGACACACUUUAGAUCGUGAUGAGGCCGAACUGAGAGAUUCCAGUGAUGAACUUUUCGCUUUACAACGUUGCAAUGGUUUUCAACAGGGACCCAAUGGCACAUCGGGUUCCUUGGCCGGCAAUAAUUUAAGUCUACAAUCAGAAUCCACCAUGAGGAGUAUUAUUGAUCGAUUGAUAACCAUGGAGGAAGAGCUCAGACGUGAACAAUUGAAAAUGUCUUUGGCUUUGUCGCACAAGCAAAAGGUGAUUGAGGAACAGGGACAACAGAUAGCAGCUUUAGAUGCAGCCAAUAGUAGAUUAUUAAGUGCUUUGACCGCUUUAAGACAACGUUACGAGACCCAGCAUCAGCAACAGAAUCAACAAACGCAGCAAUAAA